AUGAACAGGAGCGAGCUCCGCGAGUUCGCGCUGCGGGCUUCGUUCGCCGGAUUUUGGAAGAACGAUCAGGGGGACAGGGCGGCGAUCAACGCAAACACCGAAGCCGCCGACGGCUCGGAGGCGUUGCGGGCGGCGCGGCGGCUGCGCGACGAGCUGGCGGAGCGAAAGGCGCGCAAGGUGGGCGAGGGAGGCUUCGGACGUGUCUACCGUUGCGACGCGCUGCCGUCGCUUCCGCGCGUCGCUUGCGGGUUCGCCGUCAAGACGGCGCUGGUCGGUGUCGGCGCCCAAGGCCUCGCCGAGCUGCAGAGCGAGGUGCGCACGCUCAGCGCGGCGUGCCACCGGUCCCUGCUCCCUCUGCUCGGCGUCUGCUUGGCGCCGGCGAGAGCGUGCCUCGUCUACCCCCUCUGCCGCGGCGGCAGCCUCGAGGACCGCCUCUACCGCGCUCCAGCCGCACUGCAGCGGCUCCGCAUGCUCGGCUUCGAGACGCCUCCGCCGCUCUCCUCCGCCGCACGGCUCCGCGUGCUGCGCGACGCCGCGAGAGCGCUGCACUACUUGCACACGCUCUCGCCCAUGAUCCUGCACCGCGACGUCUCGGCGGGCAACAUCCUGCUCGACGAGCGCGGCAACGGCUACCUCGCCGACGUGGGCCUCGCGCGCGCGGCAGAGGCGACGGCCAGCGGCAGCCAGCAGGUCUCGCACCUGUCGACGCAGCGUAUCUUUGGCAAGCCUGGCUACAUGGACUCGAUCAUAACGCACGACGGUCAGGCUUCGCAGCUCACCGAUGGCUUUGCGCUCGGCAUCACGCUGCUCGUCGCCCUGACCGGCCGCGGCGCUCUCGGCUUGCUCAACGCGUGCGACGAUGCGCUUGAGGAGCCCGACACGGCGGAGAGCAUCGCGGCGGCCGACGCGGGCUGGUCGGCGGCGCAGGCCGCGGAGCUGAUGCGGCUCGUGGUUGGGCUGGCAUACGAGCGGAAGAGAAAGCGGAUGCCGCUCGCAGAGGCGCUGCCGCGGCUGGAGGCGCUAGUCGAAGCGGCGGGGGAGGUGGAGGAGACGGCUGGGGCCGAGGAGCGCUUGUGUGACCUCUGCUACGACGCGCCGCGCUCGGUCCGCUUCGCGUGCGGCCACGCGCUGUACUGCGAGACGUGUGCGCCGCGCGUGCUGGAGCGCGACAGCAACUGCCCGGCCUGCCGCCAGCCGGCGCUGCCCAUCGCCGCAACUGGGCGGCUGGUGGCGGAGCAGGCGACGUUUGUCCACCAGCCGCCCUCGCGCACCGUGCCCCAGGCUCAGCCCGUGGGCGGCACGGAGGCGUGGUACGCCGUGUAA